AUGCGCUACGGUCUGAAUCCGCCUUCGCCUUCUCCCACCUACGCUACCAAUAGCUCACAGGAUUUCGCCCUCCAGCUUGACUUGUUGGUCUUUUCAACGAAACACAUGGCUCAGGGUAAACCCGAGUCGUUCCUACCACCAUUCGUAACGCUCAUUAUCAUCGUGGGAGCGACCAUUGGUUGUGUAGUCAUCUUGGCAAUAAUGCUUUUCCUUAAAGUUUGUUCGAUACGAUAUCAUCGAGCGUCGACGACAUUUAGCACUACGUCUGAUGCCAUUGAACGGUCUUCGUAUGUUCCGGUGGUCACCCGGGAAUUCUGGAACAGAUUUCGAAUUAGGCAAAUGUGA